AUGGAGAAAGUACGAUCAAAGUCCGAGGAAGACAGAUGUGGUCCCGGGGGCUUACGCUGCACUUUCGUGCUGAAGCCGGUGAUUGCAGAGCUCAACGAUUUUGAGAUCGAUGAAGCGGUGGAAGUGAUGAAGGAUCUGGUUCAGGAGAAUACUUGCUUCUCUCGAUUGUCGCUGUCUCUGUUCGUUGAUCGUGUCCGCAACUUGGGAUACAAUCAACGACUAUUAAAAGAGCAGGUUGGCCAGCAUGGUUCACAUGUUUUGCGAUGGCUAGCCUAUGCCCUCUUUUCCAAGAGAGCACGCGCAUUGUCGGCAUUAGAGGAGCUCGCUCUGAUGUCUGUUGGGAGCAUGAGCGCGGAGGAUAUGGAUGCUUUCUUAACCAUCGUCAAUUCCGAUCACCCCGAAGAAGAUCUAUGCGGCUGCCCACGCGGAAAGCGUGAAGAAAGGAGUGCGGCGCUCAAGGCAGACGCUCCUGUUUACUGGAGACUGGAUGAUCGAGGUCAACCGCGGAGAGGUUUACAACCAUUGGCGCUAGAGUCAGAUACUGCUGUUGGUAUUUUCAGUGACGUCGGAGUAAGUGCGCUCGUGAAUGUCAUGAUUCCUGGAUUUGGACGAUGCCAAGUGCAGCGGAGCGAUCUGGCGUUUGCUGAGACCAGUAUUGAGGAAACUCGUUCAUGCGGCUUGACGUCGCUGCAUGUUGGAUUCGACAAAAGGAGCCCGUGUAAUGCUGGCGGUUUGCCUCGCUUUAUUACUGCGAUCGGGCACACACUGAAGGUUCUGUCGCUCAAAAAUGGUGACGACCAGAUAGAUGAAAACUCCAUUCUGAGAAGUUGUCCUAAUCUGGAGGAACUCACGUUAAGCGCCUCGGACGAACCUUUGGCAAAGUGCGUGCGACGCGUACGGGUUUAUCUGACCGAUCGGAAUAUCCGUCAGAACGUCGAGAGCAUUUUGAGCGGACUUCUGCAAAUGCUGGAAGCUAACCACGUGUUGGAGUAUCUCGACGUCACCCUUCCCUACGACCACUCAAGCAACCUCCUUGCUUCGUUCCAAAAGCGCCACAAGGAACCUACGGAACGAGCGCUCGUUUUUCCACUUGAGUGCAAGCUCGCCUUCCUCAGUGCGUUUGCACCCUGCCACUCUACUACGCGUACAACCAAGAAGCCGACGCGCAUUGGUUCACUAACUCGGUCCUAUUCGCACGUUUUGCGGGAGCAAAACUCGAGGUUUACGUUAACGACGCAGAUUUUUGAGUUAGUCAAGUCCUAA